ACAAUAGACCUCCUAAUGAAGUUUUCUAAAGGUAUCAGCUCGAUCAUUUGCAGGAGGAUACCAUUUACGGUUGCUUUAAAGCAUAAGCAUCAAGCUUGUGCAGCUUUAUUGAACCCUUCAUCACCAGAACCUCUAGUAUGGCCUUCACCUUUGAAGCUAAUCAUUGAGCUAGAUUCAGAUGCAAAAGUUUUGCUAGAAAAGGCUUUGAUGGAUGCAAACAUGCAGAGAGAGAAGGCCAUAUUGAUGGAAAAAUUCAUCACACCUCCUUGUCCUUUGAAAUCUGAUGCUCACAUUGAUGCGUAUGAUGACAAUGACUUAGCAUCUGAGGAUAGCGAUACAGAGUUGUGCUGCAAUAUUGAAGCCCAACCAUGUGGCCAUAGAAUGUGCGCCCAUUGCACAUUAACUUUAUGCUGCCACAAAAAGCCUAAUCCAACGACAGCUCGUCCAACAGCCCCUGUUUGCCCAUUUUGCAGAAGCAGCAUUGCUCAACUUCUUGUGCUGAGGUGAAGAGUAAUGACUUUGUAGACCAAGAAAUUUCCCCAUUGAAACUGAAGGGCUUGAGAACGUCAAAUUUCAAUGAAGAAAACAGCAGCUUGAAGAGCUUAUCUGCCCUGUUUGGGAAGUUGAGUGAACAAAAUCCAGGGAAAUAUGUGUAGUCUUAAAAAUGGCCUUAAGAGAUAGAUGACCGGUGGAUAUGACAACCUCAGAUUCAUCUGGUUCUAUGGUUUUUACUUCACCUAUAGAGCAUCGUCAUUUGGAUGUACUGAUGGGGCUCACAUUGUAAAGUAUGCAAGGGUCGUGUGGUUCGAUGUGGGCAAACGUACGAGAAGGACC